UCAGUUGCACGUUUACAACACGUUGUCGGAUUGGCGCGGUCGCUGUCGCUUUCGUCUGCUUAUCUUGACGCAUAAAAUAUCUGCAUCUUUUUUACAGUAAUGCUCUCUUCACGAUUCAGAGCCGGCCAUACAGACACCAGUUGAACUCCUCUAGAUUGAUGGGACCUGGAGUUUGCAAAUCAGUUAACACUUUAACGUAGCAUCUUGCAGCCCGCACAGUCAUGUCGCAGUCGGAUCCUUGGUCGGUGUAUAAUACCAGACUGGCACCCGACUGGUCUUCAGACGGCUCGGAAUCGAAGGGUCGUCCUUCACCUUAUGGAUCCGACGUCUUUCAAUCUGAUAGGACUCUGGAUCCCGUUGCAGAAGUGCCUGACCAAGCUAUCGCCCCAGCUGAGCACUGUGAUCUUCCGGCGCUGGCCUAUCCUCUUACCAAUGUUCCGUCACUACCGCCGAUUGGUGAUCAUGUCAAGUGUGGUAAUUGUGGUGUGGAAUUCACGGGGAUCUAUCGACUUGAUAACCUUGCGCGACAUGUUCGACAAAAGCAUAUUCAAGGAAUGACUGUUACAGAUCCAUGUACAGGUCAUGGAUGCCACCUGGUCUUCCAGCGAAAGGAUGCCCGAUUGAAGCAUGAACGCAAAAGACAUCCCGAAUUGCAACAUCCACCAGUACAACAGAGACAGGGUGGUUCAAGUGGAUCACUCACGUCGUCUCUGCACAACAGCUGAGCUUUUCUUGACGACAACCUUGAGGCCUUUGCUGAGCCGAGGGAGUCAGUAGUACUGACUGAGCUUGAGUAUGUCCUUCUGGGUUUGCGGAUAUGGGAAGAGUGUCCCGUGAACCAACCGGGACCACUGCCAAACUUGUUCGACGACCGCUCAAGUGGCAUCAGCCACAGUCAUGACCAAGACAGUGUUUUCAGCUC